UGCAGCAACAAACUACAAAGUAAAGAGCUCCCAGCUUUUCUUGCAAAAAUCGUAAAAUUCUAAAUACAGAAAAAGAAAACAGAAAUGUCUUACACUACGCCACUGAACGCUAGCAAUGCCAAUACUUGGGCUGAGCAAAGUGUCAACAAGCCGCACUACACACCGGGUAAGACGCUGAAAAAGGCCUUCAAGUUAUUGUGUCGUGUCUUCAAGCCAUCAACAUCAUUGGGCAAGAAAAGCAUUACAUCACAGAAAGUGGCGGAGCAGCGUAACAGCAAACAGGCGGAGGAGUCUACGCUCAACUACAGCAUACUGACCACAUCCUCAACAUUUAGCGUAGAAGAGUAUGAGAAUGAUCUGAAUGAAUUGGCUGAGUUGCAGGCUGCAGCUAAUAGGGCGAACGCUGCUGAGUAAUCAUUGGACGACUGCUGAUUGAUAUUCGUGAAUGUCUGUCUGCAUAUCCUACUGGCAAGCCGCUAGUGCCUUCAAGGACCUGGUACGUCCAUAAAUUGCACCGCUACACUCCCACAAGAAACGCUUUUCACAGCUUUAAUAGUUUAUGGUAUAGCUUAGCGUAUGUACGCGUGUGAUGCAGUCGAACUGCCAACAAUCGAUCGUCGAUGCUAGUUAGUGCCCAUAAUUCGUUUGCGUGCGAGUUCCUGCUUUUUUUUUGGUGGGAACAAGCCGUGAGCUGGCCUACUUCGAGCGCAUUGUCGAUGUUCAGUAGCUUUAAUUUUUACAAAUCAUUUGUCUUCCAUUUAGUUUUUAAGUAACAA